AUGAUGUCUCUCCGGAUGAGUACGUGCGAACUGCUCUGUUCUGCAUGCACACGAGCAAUUGGCAGCCGGGAACCUGUGCUUCAUAUCAAAGCAGGAGAUGGAGCUCGUCAAUACUGCUUCCAUCACAUCAUAUGUCCAUUGGAUGCGCUAUUUAACACCGCUGGAUACAGAGAACUGCCUGAGGCCGCUCAGCUGUUUCUUCGCGAGUGGGCAUCGUCAAACUUUGCUCGAGUGAGACGGAAGGAUUGGGAGGUGUACUUUCCGAGUGAACUGACAAUAGCUGCAGACGCGCCCGAGGCGGAAAAUAAAAAAAACUCAGAGAACGCGCACGAUGCAGAAGGCGAAGAAAUGAAGAGUACUGAAGCCAUGGAGUUCACUAGUCCCCAAAAAGUGGAGACAGGACAACAAGCCUGUAAACGUUUGAAAGUAGUUACGGGCUCCAUUGUAGAUCUGCUUACUGUUAGCGGUACAACAACAUUCGGGUUGAGAUGGUCAACCGAAAACAGGAAAAACUCGUCCGACAGCGCCGCUGGCAGCAUUGACGUGCGAACAGAAGUUGCAAAUUCAAAUUCGGACGUCUUUGAUAUUGAGCAGAAAAUGGAAGCAGAACAUAUUCAGUCAACGACUGCGAAGGAACUCGACACAGCUACACGGCGCUGGGCUUCACCGAAUAUUAAGGAACGUGCUUCAAUUUGCACGCCACCAGCAAAUGACUUGAACACAACCACACAAGAUGCAUCGAAGGCUGUCCGAGGAACUUCCGGAGAAGGAGACGUGGCUACGACUGCACAAACUGAAGAGGAUCGGGCUGGAAAAGAACAACAGAGAACCAGUACUGUAUCCAAUGAUUCUCUUGCUGUUUUGACAACUGAUUCCGUGGAACCAGCGGGGGUCUCAGGAGUGCGGGGAGAAAACAGCGUUAGCCCAUCGACUAAUCACGCCAGUUUGCUUUCGAAUGUCGCAUUUCAAGGGUCGCAAACAUUUGAGUGUAAGUUCUCAGCGGAUACUGCGCCAGUAUCAGCCGGCAAUCAAGGUACAGCGAGAUCUCCGUCCAGGACGACACAUGGUACUUUGGCUGUGGAUGCAUGUUGUUGCAGUGGGACAGGUGCGUUAUGUAGUGUCUACUCGAGCAAACGAAACACGCAACCAUGCGAAGCAAUGGUGGCAGAUUCCACUGAAAGUAGCAAAGCACCUGCUGGAAUGGGUAGUUCAAGUGGUGGCAAUAUGUACGGGAGCGCCAUUACGGCGUUUGACAGUAGUAUGCAGGCUGUGGAAAAUCUCCCAGCCAUUGCCAAACCUGUGUCUGCUAAUGAGUUGGAAUUGUCUGGACACUCUGAUGCACAUUUCCUAACAGCCAGUGAAAGGGCCAAAGUGUACGAACCCCCAUAUUCAGAAGGCAACAGUGGGCAAUAUGGGAUUGGCACAACACCUGCCUACCCAUAUGGUAGUGAAAUAGCAGUAUGCGGCACGACCUCCGCAUACACAGCCUCGUGCUACAAGGCUGCACAUCAACCUGGCGACGCCGAAAACAUCACCAGAAGGCUUUCUACGCAACCAUAUGGUACAGCAUCUUCACAUCUCUGUUACGACUACGUCUACCAACCGCUGAGUGCAAAAGCGUUGCAAAUUGGACAGCAGUACGAGCCCAUCGUAGCCACUAAGUUAUGGCAGUUGUCUCAGCAGGCACAGAAUCGUCGUAGGCAACAUGAGGUUACUCAACCACCUACAAGCAUUCCUCCUCAAGCGAUUUCUAGCUACCCGAGCAAAACAGAAUAUUACAAACAUUUCCAUCCGGGGAUAUACUCGCCUAUACAGUGUGUAGGGAACCCAAGCUGGAUGCCGACGCCAACAGUUAUCAACCCCGCUUCCACUGCAGGCCAAGUUGCACCUCAGGAACAGGUGAACAGAUAUAUUAUGAACCAACCUAGUGGUCAGACACAACUCGCACUCUCCACCAGCAGGCGAUAUACGGAUGGCAACGGAUCGGAGUCAGAGGUGUCCAUCAACACCCCAUCAACGUCGGAUCUUCUACCCAGCGGUGUGGGUUGGCGCGAGUACGCGUUGUCUGAGGAUAUCAGCAGAGACUCGGUCUAUACUAUUAAAAAGGUGCUCCGACGUUUGGGGUUGGUGACUACGGGGAAUAAAGCGUCUCUGCUCCAUCGAAUAAAGAAAGAGGCCCAGUCUGAGCGGGCCUUUCCUGAGCGGAUGCGGGUACGCCAUUUCCAGCGGCGCAGAGCAGAGUCUGCAGCAGAGUCGGAGGCAGGCGCUGUGAAGGAGACGGUUCUGCAGGAGUUGCGCGAUGGUAAUCUACAGGCAAAAAGACUAGACCAAUUGAAAGGCUUGUGCAGACAGCUUAGAAUUUGCGUCGGUGGAACGAAGGCAGAGAUCAUUUCGCGGUUGCAGCGAUACGGCGAGGAGGAUGAUGCUAGGGCACUGGAAGCCGUAUGGGACACGGAACACACACAGGUACACACAUAG